AGGCGGCCGCGGAUCCUGGAAGGAAUUGGAUCCGGAACGAAAUCGCCUUCGCGCCGCCGCUCGAUCCGACUUUCUGCCGCGGGGGAGGAGGGGAUGGUCGGGGAGAGAAGAAGAACCUUGCGGGAUCUUUUUGGGGGCGGGCGGAUUUCCUAGCGGAUCUGGAAGCUCCCGCGAUCGGCGGCAGCGUAGGGAACCCGCGGGGCAAAAGAAAACGCAACGGAGAAAAGGGAAGCUCGGAGGCAAGACUCUGAACUUCGUAAGAAUGACCAGAAGAUGCCAGAUUUCGGCGUAAGAGGGGACCUGUGGGGUGUGUAAACGAGGUAAAAGACUUUUUCAUCAACCCCUGAAUUCAUUCGUUUGGAGACUCGGGGUGCCCUUUUGAGACAAAACUUCCAUCCCUCUCUGCCUCGCCUUCUGGGGAAAAACAGUCCCGUUGCCAAGUCGAGAUCCUUCGUUUCCCGAAAUCUCUUGCAUUUGGAGAGAGGGAGGGAGGGAAGGCCAUUUGCGUGCCUGUUCCAGGGAUGUCUGCAAAACGGGGAUCGACGCCGAACCUUCAGUUCCAAGGUCCCUCAGAGCAGGGAGCUCACCACGGAGCGAAAAUGGAAGACGAGGAACCCGAAACGCCAGAGCCAGAGGAAAGGUGGAGGGGCAAAGCGGCGGCUUCUCGCCGAUCUCGAGAAAAAAACGAGAGGCUUCCCAAAGCGAGGACGGCCCAGCACAAAGCGCAUCACAACGCCAGUCGUUCCCCUCGUUCGGGCUGGAGAAAUCUACUGCGCCCCACGGAGUUAGAAGACCGGCGGCGAUUCUCGCCCUCCGCUGAGGGGCCGGCAGUCACCCGCCUGUGGCCCAGAGGUGGCUGGGCCAGCCGGCACCCUGUGGUCCUCAGCGAAGAAAGCUCAGAGCCCCAAAACCUCUUGGACGCGGGGGAAAUUGGAGAAUCGGGGAUGGUUAAGGUGAAGGAAGAAAUUCUGGGAGACGAUUCGGCCAGCAUGGAGAUGAAACGCCAGCGUUUCCGCCAGUUCCGCUACCAGGAGGCUGAAGGUCCCCGCGAGGUGUGCAGCCAGCUCUGGUACCUCUGCCACCGGUGGCUGAAGCCGGAGAGACACACCAAGGAGCAGAUCCUGGAACUGCUGAUCCUGGAGCAGUUCCUGGCCAUUCUGCCCCCGGAGAUCCAGAGCUGGGUCCGGGAACAUGAGCCAGAAACCUGCUCUCAGGCGGCUUCCUUGGCUGAGGAUUUUCUGCAGAUGCAGCGGGAAGUGGAGAGGAAAGAACAGCAGGUGCUUGGGCUGUUUGAAAUGGAUAACGAGGAUUCUCCAGAGGCCGAGGCCGAACAGCCUCCGUCCGUCGCCAUGCCAGAGCCUCUUUUCAGAGAAGCCAAGCAAGAAACCGACGAAGAGGAACAGAGCAAUUUAGGAUCUCUCAGGCAGGUGGAACCGCGGAGAGGGCCCCCUCUCCCCCUCUAUCCAGAAGAGGGCAGCUCUGAUGACGAAGGCCUGCUGGACCUGGUCUACGCCACUAACCUCGAGCUCCACAGCCGGCGGCCUCCCCGUCGAACCCGCCUCAUCCGGAUGCGCACUCACGAGCUCCAGGUGUCGGACGAGGAGUGCCUGACCCGCUUCCGGCUGGACCGCCAGGCCAUCCAGGACCUGUGCACUCUGCUGGCCCCUUACCUGGACGGGGCCUCCGCGAGUCGGCGGCACAUUCCGACGUUACAAAAAGUCCUGAUAGCCCUUCAGGUUCUCGGCACCGGCUCCUUCCAGAGAAUGACGGGAGAUAACCUGCGGGUAUCCCAAUCUUCCGUCAGCCGCUGCUUGGAUGCGUUCCUGGAGGCCAUGUUGCGUCACGUGCACGAGCACAUCACGUUUCCGACCACUGACUCGGAGCUGCGACGGACCAGGGAAGCGUUCUUCGACAUUGCGGGGUUCCCCAACGUCAUUGGGAUUGUGGACUGCACCCACGUGCCUAUCAUAGCCCCCGCAGACAUGCCGGCGUUGUACCGGAAUUGCCACAACUUCCACAGCCUCAACGUGCAGGCCACUUGCGACGCCUCGGGUUGCUUUACUCACGUCUUGGCCAAGUUCCCCGGAAGCGUCCACGAUGCCCGGAUCUUCCAACUCUCCCAAUUGCAAAGGCUGCUGGAGUCGUGGCCGGAAGGGAAGGGGUGGCUCUUGGGCGACUCGGGGUAUCCUUUGCGGCCUUUCCUCAUGACCCCGCACGCCGAUGACGGCCCCGAGCCCGUGGCGCGCUACAACGCAACCCACAAGACGACGCGGAUGGUGGUGGAGACGGCUUUUGGCCAGCUCAAGAUGAGGUUCCGCUGCCUUCACUCCACGGGGGGGCGCUUGAUGCUCCGGCCGGAGAAAGUGGCGAAGGUUUUUGUGGUCUGCGCCAUGCUUCACAACAUGGCCUUGCGACGCCAGCUGCCUAUCAUCAAUGGAGGACAAGGGGUGGACACUGAGGUCCCUGUGCCUCCCUACCUGGAGACCGAUAGCAUGGUAGAACAAGAUCCUCAGGGAGUAGAAGUCCGGGAUCAGAUCAUUAGCACUUAUUUCUCACAAUAAAUGAGCUUUCAAUA